UGAUUGUUAAGACUCCAAAGUGCACGGGAGCGUUUUUGGGGCAAAAAUUCCGUCGCGAUAUUUUUUCUCGUCCGUACUACAGAUGUUUUGGUACAGAUAGAUCUGUUAAUAUUAAAAAAAAAAAAAAUUAAUUUAAAAAAAGUAGAAGUUUCAAAAAAAAAAAAGAUACGAAGCUCUAUCCGAGUUGUACGAGUGUAUGCAGUCGGAUGGAAAAUUUAAUUGAGCAUUUAAUUGCCCGUUGAUUGAUGACCAAAGUCAAAGCGAAAAGCAAUUUUGCAAGCGAGGGUUACAGCAACUUACAUCGCUGCGUGUUGCCUCUAUGAGUGCGUGUGUUUUUUUUUUUUGGUUAAAGUGUUUUAGUCUGGCUAGGAUUCUGGGGUGAAUCUCUGCUUUGUUUUAUUUUAUCUUCAUUUUUUUUUUUGUUCAGUUUGGGGGCAAAAUUUAUAUUCGCGGAUGAAUAAAAAGUGAGAGAGAGAGUUGGAUUUAUAUAUAUUUAAAUGCGUAAAAUGAAUGAUUUUUUGAAUUUGCAAUGUUGAAUGAAGUUCUCGAAUUAAAUUCAAAUUCUGAUUUAAUUUUUGAGUCACAAGGUUUAUUGGCCUCAGCCAGUGGCAGUAGUAAUAACAAUAAUUGUUUUCGCAAAAAGAAUCAUCAUCAUUUGCAGAGGGUUGAGGAGAACAAUCAUCAGCAGCGAGAACGUCACUUUUUAGAUUUGGAAGGUGACGAAGACGACGAGGAAGCAAUUGAGGAACGUAGUCCACAUGAAAAAUUGAGUUGGACAUUUUUUGAAGAAGUUUCAACACUGGAUAGACAUCUUCGGAGUGAGGCCACCACAAGCGAACAACCGGUAGAUAGUUCGCAAAAUGAUGACGAAAACACUGCGGCCGAUGUUGUGGCACUUUUGAGUCCCCGGAUCUACUCGUUAUGAAUACAAAGACUUUGUCGCCAACUUCCUCGUUUAGCAACAACAACAAUAUCAAUAACAUUAACCACAACAAUAGUCGAAGUCUUAAGGCUCAAAUAUUUUCGAAAAGUCCGAACUUUGUUCGAAAAUCACUUUGCGAAGACAACGGCAGCACUUGUAAUAUAAUUGGCAACACUGGAGCUUGCAGUGGCGGUGGAAGUUUUUCUGAGGCGGGUGACAUUGCCGAAAUUCUACGGAAUGCCGAUGAUGCCGCGAUGAUAGGUGACACCGGAACAACAAGAUCAGAACGUUUACCAAGGCAAUCAGCGUAUGUGGCAGGGGUGGAUUUGGGGGACCGACAACAUACACAGCAGGCGACAACUUCGAGGGCUUUUACGGAAAACCAUCAGCAGAGAUUGCAACAACCACAGAAGAAGUUGCCAAACAUGGGUGCUUCAGGGAGAGGACAUCGUAUUGGGGCGAGCAGUUUUGCUGACGGAAUCGACUAUCAUUUGGGAUUGAUGGGAUGGCGGAAGAAAUGCCUUUACACACUUAUACUCGUUCUUAUGCUUCUGAUAAUCAUUAAUUUGGUUCUAACACUGUGGAUAUUGAAGGUUAUGGAGUUUUCAUCGGAAGGCAUGGGCCAACUUAAAAUUGUUCCUGGCGGCAUUCAGCUAACUGGUCAAGCGUUCAUAAUGGAUUUGCUUCGGGCUUCGACAAUACGUUCCAAACACGGUCAACCCAUAUCUAUAGAGUCAUCACGUAAUUUUUCCAUCAAUACACGUGACACGAAUGGCAUCCUGGAGAAUCAUUUAUUCUUGGGACACGAUAAGCUCGAAUGCCUUUCGACGGGAUUCCAAAUCAACGACACUACCGGACGAAAUUUAUUUUCCGUUACUCGGGAUGAGGUUUCUAUCGGGGCACACGCACUCCGUAUCGAUGGCGAGGGUGGUGCCAUCUUUCGAGAGUCCAUACAAACACCGCACGUACGUGCCGAAGCCGGUCGAGAGUUAAGAUUCGAAUCACCGACACGUCAGCUGGAGAUGACAGCAGCUAAAGAUAUAAAUCUACAAUCAAGAGCUGGCGGCAUCGAAUUGUCUGCACUCAACGAUGUCAAGUUGAGUGCACUUGAUGGAUCGAUCCGUCUAGAAUCGGCAAAAAUUCUCAUGCCAAAUCUCCGAACAGCUCAACCUCCAAUUCCUGGUGCUGGACAAAGUCGUGAGCACAUGCAUAGAGUCUUCCAAUUAUGUGCAUGUUCCAAUGGUAAAUUAUUCUUAGCGUCCCCUCAUACAAUUUGCGCUGGUGAUGAUACAACAGUUUGCAGAUGAUCCGAAAAUCAAAAUUAAAAUCCCCACCAAAUGAAAUAAAAAAUUAAAUAAAAAUAUAUAUAUAUUAUGUAUAUGUAUUAUGAAAGCCCUUAAUGAUUCGAAACCAAAAGAUUAUUAUAAAUUAAUAAAAUUAGAUAUAUUUAUAAUUUUUGUAUAUAAAU